GCUAAUGCACUAAAUUCAUUCGAGGGAAAAUGGGUGCUGAAGCUUCAGCAAGACUUGUUAGUGAACUUGUAAUUCUAUGCCUCAUCUCUACUCUUUGUCUGCAGCUUGGAUCUGAAUUCAAAUAUCAGAGUAUAGCUGAAACGUUGCCCACAGAAGAAGUGAGAGCUCUUUAUGAAAUAGCAUAUCAGUUGGGGUUAAACCCUGAAAAGUUAUCUGGAGGCUCAAUUUGCACGGAGAGAAGCUAUGAAAUCAAAUGUAACUGCAAUUUUGAAAACAACACCAUUUGCCACAUCAUAGAAAUUGCAUUGAUUGGCAGCGGUUUGACUGGAGUUAUACCUAAAGAACUGGCCAAUCUCACACAUCUGGAGAGCCUGAAUCUCCAGAAAAAUCAAUUGACUGGUUCCAUACCUGCUAGCUUGGGGAAUUUAUCUUUGCUCCACAGCCUGGAUCUUUCGGACAAUCAAUUGAUCGGACCCAUUCCAGCAAGUUUGGGGAAUUUAAAAUUUAAAGCAAAAAGAGAAAAUUACAGGUAUGAUAGGAAGCUGCAGGCCACUAGGCCCACCGCAGGGGCAGCCGUAAGCUGCGGCCGCAAAAGCUUUACACCAUGCCAUCCGAGCGGCGCCGCCGGUCUAACACUGGAUCUUUCAAGCAAUCAGUUGAGUGGACCUAUACCAGCCACUUUAGGGAAUCUGGCCAUCCUACCGGCUGAUGCCGAGAUUGCCGACUACCUAACGAUCUACCUGGAUCUUUCCAACAAUCAACUGAUUGGGCCUAUACCACAGAGUUUAGGGAAUUUGACUUUGGCCGGUUCUAUUGAUCUGCAUGAUAACUUUCUCAACGGCUCUAUACCAGCAUCUUUGGGUGCAUUGACUCAUUUGUAUAGACUGGAUUUGCAUAACAAUGGAAUCUCUGGUAUUCUCCCACGAAGACUUGGAAAUUUGACAAAGCUUGGAACCUUCGACGUCGCAUCCAACAGUAUUACUGGGACAUUACCAAACAAAUUCGCCAGCCUUAAGAGCCUGAAUGAAUUUUCUGUAGCUGGUAACUAUUUGUCUGGCCCUUUACCUGACUUCAUAGCCAACUGGACUUCAAUCUGGGAACUUUAUCUCAGCGGAAACAAUUUUCUCGGAAUUCUACCUGCCGGAAUUUUUAAUUUAUCAGAUCUAAAAAUUUUGGCAAUAAGUGAUGUCGGAGCAAACUCUCAUUUCCAGUUCCCACCAUCAACACAUGUGACGACAAGUUUUCGUAUUUUGAUACUAAGAAACUGCUCAAUCACUGGUCAAAUUCCAUCCUACAUUGGAAAUAUGUCAUCAUUAAGGAGCCUAGACCUGAGCUUCAACAGCUUAACGGGUAGAAUCCCAGAUUCUUUGAAAAACAUAAAUUUAAGUUGGAUGUCUUUUACAAACAAUAUGCUUACUGGGGAAAUUCCUAAUUGGAUUAAAAGUGCAGUCUGGAGUAAGAUGGAUCUUUCAUACAAUAAUUUUUCAAAACCAACCUUUGCAACACCGUCCAGCUUAGACUUGAAUUUGUUUUCUUGUUGUUGUAACUCCUCAAUCUGUCUGCCAAAUACGUAUGACUGGGCGGACCCAACCACGGAGGAGUAUUGUCCCGGAGGAAAACCUAAUUACCAUUCAUUGUUUAUAAAUUGUGGUGGUGGGACACUUAACAACGUUGAUGGAAAUAUUUAUGAUCAAGAUAAUGAGACAUCGCAGUUUUACCGGAGUCUGAAAGGAAACUGGGCUCGAAUUAGUGCUGGAAACACCGUCGACCUUGACUAUGCUUCCAAUCCAAGUAAAGUUUUAAAAAGUGUGAGAUGUGGGCUUUCCUCUGAAGCACCUUUAUACGAUAGAGCUCGCACUUCCCCUGUCUCUCUAAAAUAUUACGGGUUCUGUUUACGUAAAGGCAAAUACAAUGUAACACUUCACUUUGCUGAAAUUGUUGAUGAGGAUAACAAUUACAGAAAUACAACUAAGCGCGUAUUUGAUGUGUAUAUACAGGGUGAGAGGAAACUAAAGGAUUUCAACAUUAUAGACAAGGCAGGAGGUCCGAAUACAAAACAUACAGAAAAUUUCAGGGCUGUUAAUGUAAAUGAUAGUACAUUAGAGAUCCACUUCUACUCGGCUGGAAAAGGGACUCUUGAUCAGGGACCUCUCAUAUCUGCUAUAUCCGUAACUCCAGAGUACAAGCUACACGAACAACUAUCUCCUUUGCACAUAGCGCUCAUUACUGUGGCUUCAAUCAUAGUUUUCGUAUUGCUUUUAUUGCUUUUUGCCUGGAUGAUGGGAUGGCUGGGUACAGAUCACUUACAAGAAAUAGAUAUAGGUCAAGAAAAUCCUAUCACCCUCAAACAAUUAAAAGAUGCUACUGGGAAUUUUAGCAAGAGGAACGAGAUUGGUCAAGGGGGUUUUGGGACAGUUUACAAGGCUGAAGUGCAAGGGAAAAUUGUAGCUGUGAAGAAACUUUCCUCUCAUUCAGAGGAAAGGAUCAAUCAAUUGAUAAAUGAGUUUUAUACCUUAAAAUCAAUGAGUCAAGAGAAUCUUGUUCAGUUGCUGGACAUCUACAACGCAAAAGGCCUGCAUUUGCUCGUCUAUGAAUAUAUGCAAAACAACUCCCUUGCACACGCCUUAUUUGACUCAAAGUCCAAACUGAAACUUGACUGGGAAGCUAGGUUUAAUAUUUGCUUGGGAAUAGCUAGGGGAUUGGUGUAUCUACAUGAGCAUCCCAGGCUGAAGAUGGUUCACAGAGACAUUAAAUCAGCUAAUAUUCUUCUCGAUGGAAACCUCAAGGCUAAAAUAUCAGACUUUGGAUUGGCAAGCCUUUACACCGAAGAUGAUCAAUUCAAGUUCAUCAAAGUAGAAGUGCCACAGGGAUAUAUGGCACCUGAGUAUGUUCGAGGAGUUGUGACAGCUAAAGCUGAUGUCUACAGUUUUGGGGUGGUUAUACUUGAAACUGUUAGUGGAAGGAAAAAUGCAGGACACACGCGAGAUAGCCAGGAAAGUGAAUUUCUUUUAGACACGGCUUGUGAUUUACAGCGAAAAGGAAAACUGGUGGACUUGGUUGAUAAAACCUUGUCUAACAAGUAUGAUGCAAAACAAGCCAUCAUCAUCUUGAAUUUAGCAGUAAUGUGCAUAAAUAUAUCGCCAACUCUGAGGCCUACUAUGUCUGAAGUUUUGAGUGUUCUCGUUGGCGACAAAAAAAUUGAGGAGAUUUGUUCCCCUGCCCUGAAGGAGCCGAUUAAGGACAUCAACGACCCCCACGUGAAUGAGAUUGCGGAGUUUGCGGUGUCGGAGUACAACAAGAAAUCCGGGAAGAAGCUGAAGUUACGGAGCGUGGUGAAGGGCGAGACUCAGGUUGUCGCAGGUGAGAAUUACCGUCUCGUCAUCGUCGUUGAGGAUAACUCGGCGGCGGCCAAGUAUGAGGGCGUUGUGUACGAGAGGAUUUGGGAGCAUACUAGGGAAUUGCUCUCCUUCGAUAGUCACAUUGCUCAAGUUGAUUCCACUGUUUCUAUGGAAGUAACCUCGAAAGCAUCCACGUCAUCCAAUUUGAUCAAAGUGGAAGAUGAAACAGAACACAUUUCUGUGAGUACCCCCCUAGAGAUUUCCAAAUGAAACAGAGUAAUCUAGCCAAAUGUCUGUGUCUAUUUUCUUUUCUUUGUUUUUGGACUUGAUGGACUCUACUGCGAUCUGCAUUUAACAUGUA